AUGUCUAAUUUUUUAAGAAGGUUGGUUUGUCAUCCAAUUUGUGGAGAUGGAAUUAUUCAAGGCUAAGAACAAUGUGAUAAUCUAAUCAAUCUUGUUAAAAAUGCAAAUAUUCAUGUAUUGAAUAUUGUUAAAUUUGUUAAUUUGGAAUUUGCUUAUAAUGUACAGAUGGAUUUGCAAUUAAUACCAAUUUUAAUAGGCACUUUGAAACCAUAUUCAGUUGAAUAAUGUGAACUAACUUUUAAUGGUGUAUAGGAUAGUUGUUAAGAUUUUAAAUUUAUUUCAAUCCCUAAUUGA